UGUGUGUGUGUGUGUGCGCGCCCUCAAGUGCGUGUUGUCUCGUGCGGCUGCCUUCAUGAUUCUGGGAUGCGCGGCGCGAGCGUCUCUUCGAUAAAUAUCCCGGGAGCAGGACCCGGAGACACAGAGGCACUGAGAGACGGAGCGAAAGAGAGCAACCGUGUUCAUCUCUGAACUUGUUUUAAAUUUUUAGACAAGCUUAUUUUAACGGAAAAAGGGGCCAUCCCAUUCACGCAUUUUUAUUUAGUUUAACCCUUUCGGUCCGUCCGGAUUGACUAUGAAUUUCCCCUGCAGCGCCUUGCCCCCUACCCUCUACCCGGGGUUACUACGUCCACCGGCCGGGCUCUCCCUGCCCAUGCCCCGGUCCCUUCCGACUAGCUUUCUGGUGGACGACCUCAUCCGCCUCAGUCAGCCCGUCACCUACGUGCAUCGGACAUUCUCUUCGCAGAAUUACGCGCCGAGGAGCUCUCGGGACACCUUCUCCCUGCGGGGCUUCGGUCCAGCGGUGCCCCCCCUGACCACAGACAACCGCUCUGCCCUGCAGGCGAACUCCGUGCAGCAGCCCCACCGGGCGGACUCUCCACACACGGACUGCUCAGAGUCCACUUAUCUCAAGUUCGGGGUCCGUGCCAUCCUGGCACCGUCAACACAGAAAGUCUCCAGAGCCUCCUUUCCAGUCCAGACCUUUCAGGCCAAGUCCUUCCCGCUGCCUUUCUUUGACGGGACGCUGCCACCUUUCCUUCGAGCCUCCUACUUCACAGCGAGCUCCUCCGUGGUGCCGGUCCCGGGAACCUUCUCCUGGCCCUUGGCCCCCAGAGGGAAGCCCAGGCGGGGAAUGCUACGGCGGGCCGUGUUCUCCGACCUCCAGCGUAAAGCUCUGGAGAGAACCUUCCAGAAGCAGAAGUACAUCAGCAAGCCAGACCGGAAGAAGCUGGCCAGCAAGCUGGGACUCAAAGACUCUCAGGUGAAGAUCUGGUUCCAGAACCGGAGGAUGAAAUGGAGGAACUCCAAGGAGAGGGAGCUCCUGUCGACGGGGGGCUGCCGCCAACAGACCCUGCCCGCCAAGACCAACCCUCACCCCGACCUCACUGACGUCGGCGGGGGUGGGGGUGACUACUGCCGGGGCCGGGGGCUGGAGGAGGAGGAGGUGGAGGAGGAGCUGGGCGAGCAGCACCUCCGUCAGCUCACCCAGCACAGCAGCCAUCGCCGUGGUGGGACGGGCAGCGAGGGGCUCCACCCUGGCGGCCCCCCAAGGCUCUCCUCACCGUCAGACUGCAGCAAGCCAUCCGACCUCUCUGGCUCAGACGAGGAAAUCACUGUUUCCUAGGGUGUCAGCCAAUGGGGAGACUAGUCUAUAUAUGGUAUCCUGUGUGUGUGUGUGUGUGUGUGUGUGUGUGUGUGUGUGUGUGUGUGUGUGUGUGUGUGUGUGUGUGUGUGUGUGUGUGUGUGUGUUAUUCUGAGUGAGGUGUACUGUUCAGGACAUAUGGCCAACACAUUGGUGAUUUGAACAGGAAGUUGAGCCAGCUGUAACAUGAGGAUGUUUUUUGUGAUUACCAGCUCUACAUGAGAACGUGCUACUUUUUUUUUUAUAAAAAUGUAACGAUAUAUUAACAAAAUAUAAAAUUGUCCUCGAAAUAAAGAGGAGUGUGCCUUAGUUGAUAGCCUUGGGUUGAACUUACAGAAUGACGCUUGCACUUGUUACAUGUCAAAUGGACCUUUCGGCGAAGACCAACAAUUCAACGCUUCAAUCUCUACAACUGUAGCUGUAUUAUCUCAGCAUAUUCUCUUUGUAAAUUGUUGGAUAUUUUUUGGAAUGCUGUGAACAGCUUCCAUGAUGUGAAAAGUACAUAAUAGUUUAAGUUUUUGUAGAUUGAAAUGUUUGAAAGGAGACAUAUUUUACCACCAGGUGUGAGUGUGAUUAGCCUUACAAGCCGUUUCGAAAACCUAUCCCAUAUGACAUCACUAGUGGUAUAAUAUGUCUCCUUUAAACCCCAUUGUUUUGAUUUUGAGAUAAAUUGCUAUUCUUGAAUAU